CCAAACAGCCUGACCGGACGGAAAAGAAAGGGCACAAAAUGCGCACUUCCAAAUCUCUCGCUCACAGCCAACUCGCUCCUCUAGCAGCGUCACCACCAUCUCCUCCUCCAGAGCCCUCCGACCCCCAUAUAUCUUUUCUCUUACCUCCAACGAUCAUCAGCAACGAUGACAUCGAAAACAUCAGAAGCCGCCGCCGCCGCCGCACAAAGUCUCAUGUCUCGAUUGCCUCCUGCACAUCUGCACACACCCUCUACCCCUUCUCCGAAACACAAAGCAGAUCCCCUCCAUCCCCUCCAUCAUCAAGAAGAUCCUCCACAAGUACCGUCACACCCUCAAAAAUAAGACCGACUCUCGUUCUACGACGGAAUUCCCAAGGAGAACGACCUCUACCACACUCCCCUCCUUCCUCCCCCACAACUACCACCACCACACACAUCCAAACACCCACCACACCAACAGUCCUCCCCUGUCCAACAUGCAAUCUUUCGCAUUUUCUCUCUUCUCCUUCCUCGUCGGCCUCGAAGCAGCAGAGUACCGUUGUCUGCACUGAGUGCUGGAAGCGCUUUAGUAGGACCGAGAAGGAUAGGCGAGAAAGAGAUCGGUUUGUGUAUAUCAGUUUUCCGUGUUUAAUGUCAGCGAGAGAUAUAGAUGGGAUGAGGGGGAUGCGGAAGGAUGGAGGAGGCGGAGGUGGCAUGAAGGUGUUUGAGAUGGUUGCUGGGGUUUGGAGGGGGGCUGGAGGGUUGUGA